UCCAAUAUUGCUCUUAACUACAGGCCAACAUCAAUUAGUGAUGUACAAAGAAGAGUAACCACCAAUCCAAGGAUAAGAGUUAGCCAAAUGAAAUACUACUCUUACAGAAUUUCAAUUAGGGAUCAAUUCAAUCCUUUCCUUAGUGCUGGCAAGUUGACGCAGCAGUACUUUGUUGAUGCUUAUGUCAAGACUGAGGCCAACAGACUCAACUAUAUCCGUCAAAAUCAAUCUAAUCUUCGCAUUGAAAAAUAUACAGGAUUAAUGGAUUACAUUCAAAGUGAGGCUGCUGCACAGGGCCUGAUGCCUGGAAAAGCAGUUAUUUUGCCAUCAUCUUUUCAGGGAAGUCCACGAAAUAUGGCCCAAAACUACCAUGAUGCUAUGGCCAUUGUUAGAAAAUAUGGAAAACCGGAUUACUUCAUCACCAUGACCUGCAACCCUAAAUGGCCUGAGAUACUUGAUAACCUAUUAGAAGGUCAAGCAGUGGAGUUCAGACCAGAUUUGGUAGCAAGAGUUUUCAAUCUCAAAUUAAAUUCUCUUUUGAAUGAUAUCUUGAACAAACAUGUUCUUGGAAGUCCUUGUGCAAAAGUGCAUGUAAUAGAGUUUCAAAAAAGAGGAUUACCACAUGCUCAUAUCCUUUUAAUAUUGAAAGCCGAAGACAAGCCAAAUGAUGCUGAAACCAUUGACACUUUUAUAUCAGCUGAAAUUCCUGAUGAACAGAUUUAUCCAAGACUACAUGCUAUUGUAAUAAAGCAUAUGAUACACGGUCCAUGUGGAGAACAUAAUUUAAAUUCUCCAUGCAUGGUUGAUGGUAAUUGCAGCAAGAAUUUUCCAAAAAAUUUUCAAAAAGAAACUUUAAUUAAUGUUGAUGGAUAUCCGCGAUAUCGUAGACAAAAAAAUGACACCACUGUAAUUGUCAAAGGGAAAAAAAUUGACAACUCAUGGGUAGUUCCAUAUAGCCCAUACUUCUGCUUGAAAUACAACUGCCAUAUAAAUGUAGAGAGUUGUGUUUCUGUUAAAAGUGUUAAAUAUCUCUUCAAAUAUGUAUAUAAAGGUUACGAUUGUGCAAAUAUUUCCAUUAAGGAACAUAAUACACUACAGCAUGAUGAAAUUCAAAAUUUUUUGGACACAAGAUAUGUCAGUGCUCCUGAAGCUGUUUGGAGGUUGUAUGGUUUUUUGAUGCACCAUCAAACACAUACAAUAAUAAGACUUCAAGUUCAUCUUCCAGGCGAACAAGAUGUAUAUUUCCAUAAUGAAAACGUACAAUUAGCUGCAGAAAAGGCACAAGACAGGGAUACCACUUUGACAGCAUACUUUAAGUUGAAUGUGGAUAAUAAUGCGGCACGUGAACUUUUUUACUCUGACAUUCCUCAACAUUUUGUAUUUGAUGUAAAAAACCGUAAGUGGAAUCCAAGACAAAGAGGAGCAGAUACAACAAUUGGCAGAUUGUAUAAUGUAAAUAUUUCAUCAGAUUUGGAGAGAUUUUGUUUGAGGUUAUUGCUCUUGCACUUAAAAGGAGCAAUAUCCUUUAAGGACUUACGAACUGUUAAUGGACAAGUUUGUCACACAUUCAAAGAAGCUGUCCAAAAGCUUUCACUUUUAGAUGACGACGCUACAUGGGAUCUUACACUUAACGAAUCAGCAUCUCAACAGAUGCCUAAACAAAUGAGGGAACUGUUUGCUUAUUUGUGUAUAUUUGUUGUCCCACCUAAUGUCCCACAACUCUUUGAAAAAUACAAACAUGAUCUUUAUGAAGAUUAUUCACGUCAUGAAGACCACAUUGAUGAUUGCAAAAGUUGCAAAAAUUUGGCAUUAACAGAUAUUCAAAAUGUUCUCAUAUUGCAUAGUAAACGUUGUGAAGAUUUUGGACUACCCAAUCCAUCAAACUUCAUUCCAGAAAUGCAAUUCAACUAUGUUACACACUUGGAAGCCCAAGUUGGAGCACAACUUCAAGAAGCAUUAAACAUCGAGCAAAAAGCUGCAUUUGACAAUGUAAUGUCUGCAAUUGAUAAUGAAAAUUUACCACACAGAUGUUUUUUUAUUGAUGGACCUGGUGGAAGUGGCAAGACUUAUUUAUAUAAAACAUUAUUGAGUACUUUACGUGGACGCACAGAUGGAGUUCUUCCUGUUGCCUCUACAGGAAUAGCAGCUAAUCUCCUUGAUGGUGGCAGAACUUACCAUUCACAGUUUAAGCUUCCAAUUCCAUUACUGGAAACAUCAACAUCAAAUAUGAGAAUGACUUCAAAAGAUGCAGAGUUCAUACGUAAUGCUAAAUUGAUUAUUUGGGAUGAGGCCUCAAUGACACCCGGUAUAGCUCUAAAAUGUGUAAAUAACCUUCUUCAGGAAAUUAUGCAGAACAAUAAGCCAUUUGGUGGAAAAGUUAUACUCCUUGGUGGAGACUUCAGACAAACACUCCCAGUUCUUCCUCAUUGCAAUAGAACUGCUAUUGUGGAAGCUACUAUAAAGUUAUAUGAUCACUGGGAUAAAUUUAAAAUUUUAAAAUUGAAGAAUAAUGUGCGUUCAGUGGAUCCAGAAUUUAGCAAUUGGCUACUAAAAUUAGGACAGGGUUCAUUAAAUAAUUCAGAGGGCCUUCCUGAGGAUUUAGUUGAGAUCCCUUCCAAAUUAAUAUGCAAUGAUUGUAUCAUAUCUGAAAUUUUUGGAAAAAAAAUUCUUCCAUCUGAUCUUCACAGUUUUUCAAAAAAGGCCAUUUUGUGUACGAAAAAUUGUCAUGUUGAUCAAAUCAAUGAGCAUGUAUUAAAUAUACUCGAUGGUGAUGAAAAAAUAUAUCUGAGUUCAGAUUCAAUUGAUGAUCAGACAGAUGAAGAUGCACAAAACUAUCCCAUAGAGUUUCUAAACGAAUUAGCUCCAUCAGGAAUGCCUCUUCAUAAGUUAAAAAUAAAAUUGGGAAGUAUUAUUAUGUUGCUCAGAAAUCUGAACACAAAAAAAGGUCUGUGCAAUGGAACAAGAUUGAUAGUUAAAGAUCUUAAGCCAAAUCUAUUAAUUGCAGAAGUACUCACAGGAACAGCAAAAAAACAAAUGGUGUUUAUUCCGAGAAUAGAUUUAGCCCCUGCCAACACUGAACUACCAUUCAUUUUACGAAGGAGACAGUUUCCAAUCAAACUUGCAUUUGCAAUGACCAUCAACAAAUCACAAGGUCAAACGUUAGACAAAGUAGGAAUAUUUCUUCCAGAACCAGUAUUCAGUCAUGGACAACUUUAUGUUGCAAUGUCUCGAGUUCGUACAUCAUCUGAUGUCAAAAUUAAGAUACUUCAAAGUUCAAAGCAUGGAAAGAUAUUACCAAACAAAUUCACUGCACUGAACUUGCUAGAUAUGCGGGCAUCCCCCUGGGGCCUUCUGGGGUGGGAAGAUGCUGAAAAACGACCGAAUGUGAUAUAA